GCUUCACGUAAUGGGCCCGAAAUUUUAGCAGUUGUCUGAAGCUUCUGGAAUUCGUGGAGACUUGAAGGAUGAAGGGGCUUUCCUCAUCUCUGUCUCUCUCGUUUCUCCACCUCGAUCUCCAAGCGAAAUUGGCGAGCUUGAAGGCGAAGCCAGCUGCUGCAAACCGCCCGCAAUCCCAGAUUGUGACAUCAAGCAGAAAUGAGUAGAAGAAGCUACAGUUACAGUCCCUCUCCAACGAGAGGGUAUGGUAGAAGACGCAGAAGUCCUAGCCCUAGGGGGCGUUAUAGUGGUCGCAGCAGGGAUCUGCCAACCAGUCUCCUUGUUCGCAACCUUAGACAUGACUGCAGCCCUGAAGAUCUACGUGGACCAUUUAGCCAGUUUGGUCCUCUGAAGGACAUCUAUCUGCCUCGUGACUAUUAUACAGGGCAGCCUCGUGGGUUUGGAUUUAUCCAGUUUGUAGAGCCUGCUGAUGCUGCUGAAGCAAAGUACAACAUGGAUGGUGAAGUUCUUCUUGGGAGGGAACUAACAGUUGUUUUUGCCGAGGAAAACCGAAAGAAGCCCUCAGAAAUGAGGGCCAGAGACCGUGGCAGACAAAACACUAAAUGGCACAUGUUGUAUGUGUGUUCAGGGGUCGUGACAGCGAGCGCAGGAGGUCACGCUCACCACGGUACGGACAUAGUAGGUAUUCCAGGAGCCCUCAAUACUAUUCCCGUUCUCCUAGAGGAAGGCGAUACUCUAGGUCACCAUCUCCAAGGGGCGGGAAGUAUAGGUCCAUAUCUCCAAGGGAGAGAAGCUACAGGGAGAGGUCCUACUCGAAUUCGAGGUCUCCUUACAUGGACAGAAGCAGGAGCCCAAGUGGCAGCAGGAGCCGGAGCUUCAACUAGUACUUGUGUCUCUAUCUAAGUUAGGAGUUGCAGGAAGGGACGGAGGAGUUUAGGUUUGUGUCUAAUUGUGUGAAGAAUGUGUAGCAUAGUUGCAGUGGAUGAGUAUAAUUGAUCAGUGCUGUGUUUAGUAGUUGUAAUCCAUAUCCUUGCGAAAUGUGUGUCAGUUUCGUUUGGCUAAGGACAUUACUUGUGUCUUAUGAUGUUCCCUAAUUAUAGCUUGCCUAAGAGGUUGUUUCAUGUUUGCUUGUUACGUUUCGGUCAUGGAUUUGGGACUCAUUCAUGAUCGAUGACGAACAUCAAAUUUAUGAUUUUGGUCUUUUUAUCCAAAUUAGUAGGCCGCAUGGAGGUAUAGACACAUAUCCUAUCAUUGACUUUUUCGGUAUGAC